UUAUAUUAUGUCCACAAAUAAAGAAAGCAGGUAGCGAGCAAAGCCAAUGGGAGGGCAAAGCCGAGUGCCGUUGACUGGUUGGUGCUCGGUGCCAUUGCCACUGGAAAUGAGCCGUUGACUGGUACUUGGUAGUUGACUGGAAGUGGAACCCCAAAGGAAAGCCAAACAUGAGCUUCCAAGACGUUCAAACUGGUGGUGGUGCUCGUUCCUCAUCUUCAUCAUACAUGGCGUCCAAGAGCCCCUCACAAGCUGUGGCAGCUGGUAUCUUCCAGAUCAACACUGCCGUUGCUGCUUUCCGUCGCCUCGUGGAUGCCAUCGGCACCGCCAAGGAUACUCCCGAUCAUCGCCUAAAACUGCACAAUACCAGGCAAAGGAUACUGCAACUAGUGAAGGAAACUUCCGCUAAGCUCAAGGCUUUGACUGAACCCGAUCAUGACCCUACUGUCAAUCCAAGUAAAAAGGUAGAAGAUGCAAAGCUGGCUAGAGAUUUUCAGAACACGCUCCAAGAGUUCCAGAAAGUUCAGCAACUGGCCUCUGAACGCGAGUCUACUUACUCUCCUGCACCCCCUCCACCCUCCUUGCCCGCAACGUAUCAGUCUUUCACAUUUAACACCAUCUAUGUAUAUAUUGGAUGCUUUCGAUGCAGCAGCUCUGGCUCCGAUGAGUCGUUGCCUCAAGAGAAACAACGUUUACUUAUGGAACAGAGAAGGCAAGAAGUAAUUUUGCUGGAUAAUGAAAUUGGCUUCAACGAAGCUAUGAUUGAUGAAAGAGAACAGGGUAUCAGAGAAGUAGAGGAGCAAAUAGGACAAGUAAAUGAAAUAUUUAAGGACCUUGCUGUUCUUGCCCACGAGCAGGGUGUGGUCAUUGAUGACAUUUCAUCAAACAUAGAUGCUUCCUCUGUUUCAACAACCCAGGCUAGAGGUCAACUAGCCAAGGCUUCCAAAAGUGUUAAACCUCGAACCUCAUGGGUAAGCCGUAAACUGUUGAUUUCUAGACUUUUAUUAGACAUGAAAUGUUUGAUAUUUGUAGUUGAAAUUUUGGUGAGGAAAUGUGAUUUGCAAAGAUAGUUUCAACUUUCCGAUCCAUUCACUGUAUGCUUGCUUUGAUGAUAGAGAAAAAAUUGCAAAUAAACUUGAGUAACCAGUGUAGAUGAAGAAGAUAAGAUAUUAGGGGUACUGCUGUCGUUGGAAGAGGGUCAUGAAUUACUUAUGUUGAAGACUUGUAAUUGCUGCAUGUAAGAGUCUGGUUAAUGAGGGUAAAAGUAAUAUGAAGGCUCUUGUGAAUUAGUAGUCAGAUUGCAUUUUGUCCCUUCUACUAAAAGAAUAAACAAAUUAGUCACUUUACGUUAGUUCAAAGAGCAAAUUGGUCCUUUUUGUUAAAAAUUUCAUCCAUUUCUACUAUUGAAAACUAGUACUUGUACGUUAGUAUGAUGUACACGUGGCAUACAGAAGGACCAAUUUGCUCUUUGAUCCAACGUACAGGGACUAAUUUGCCUAUUUUUUAGUAAAAGGGGCAAAAUACAAUCCGACUUUUAGUACAAGGGCCUCCAUGGUACUUUUACCAGUUAAUGAGAUAGUGCUGGCUAGUUCAUAAACUUGCUGCUGUGAACUGCAAUAACAGAUUAAGUCAUAGCUGUAGUCCCAUGCACAAGGAGUAGGAAUAUGAAAUGCUUCUAGAUGGAGCUCUCUGAGAAGUAAAAGAUGCAGCUUUAAAUAUGUUUGAAAGAUUUAUUAGUGCAAUAUGGUCUGGUGAAACAUAUUUCCUUAACCUUUGUACGAAUCGAGUAUAUGUAUGUAUGACAUCUCUUGUUUUUGGGUUGGCAGUGCUGGUGGGUGCUGGUAAUUUUAGUGGUGCUACUGGUAAUCUUUCUCCUUAUUCUUAUCAUAUAGAUCCUAUGAAAUUAUUAUCACUAUAGGGAGUGCAAUACAGGGUUUGUAUGUCAUUAUAUAUAUUCCUUUCCGGUUGGUGUGAAAUCCAGGUGCAAGUUUUUUGUUUGGGCGCUUGAGAUUAUUUAAUAAUAUAAAAUGUUUGAGAAA